AUGGAAAUACAAUGUGUUCUUAAGCUUCGAGGGGAAGACACCCGUGGCGGCUUCACAGACCAUCUCUACAACGCCUUAAUACGCAAAGGAAUCUCCACCUUCAGAGACGAAGACGAGAUCGAAGAAGGCAAAGACAUUUCUUCCGAUCUCUUCGCUGCCAUUGAAGCGUCCAGAAUCGCGCUCGUUGUGGUCUCAGAAAACUACGCUUCUUCGAGGUGGUGCCUUGAGGAGCUGGGUAAGAUCUUUGAAUGCCACGACCGGCUUGGGAUGCUGGUGUUGCCCAUCUUUUAUAGAGUGGAUCCUUCUCAUAUUCGGAACCAGACAGGAACAUUUGCUGAAGCUUUUGCUAAACAUCAACACAGAUUUGGAGAACAUAACCCCAACAUCCAAAAAUGGAGGCACCUUCUUACAAAGCUCGCCAACCUCAAGGCUUGGCCUUCAGAACCUUGGACACAUGAAUCAGAAGUCAUCGAAGAAAUUACCACAUUACUAUGGAAAAGAAUCAAACCGACCUUGAAAGUCACUAAAGAAGACCAACUAGUUGGAAUCAAUUCUAAACUAACCAAACUUUCUUCUCUUUUGAACCCAAACUCAGAUGAGGAUGUGAUUUGGGUAGGAAUUCAUGGAAUGGGUGGCAUUGGUAGGACGACAAUAGCUAGGGUUUGUUACGAGCGAAUUCGCGACGAAUUGAAGCUCAUUGCUUCGUCUCCGAUGUUAGAGAAGCUCGGUCGAAAGCAUAUUGUUCAAGUCGAGAAGAAACGUUGUGGAGUUUCCAAUUUUGCUCCCAAGAAUGCACCAACUAAGGCUGCUUAA